AUAUCCGAACCCGAUCUGAAAUAACCGAACCUGAACUAAAAAUACCUGAACCCGACCCGAAGUACAUAAAUACCCGAACGGGUUCUAUACCUCUAUACCGAAAUACUCGAUCCGAACCCGAACAGGUACCCGUCGCCCACCCCUAAUCAGUGCAUUGGUUGUUCCGUGUGAUGCUUUAGGCGUCUGUUUGUUCAUGUUAGAGCUAAACAUCCAUAGUGGGAGUUCUCUUUAUUCAAGUCAGUGGUUUGUGUGGUUAGCAUCGUAUACCUUACUGAGUGAUUCCCGUGUUACUACUCUUUUUUCCCUUUGCGGGUUAGCAUGACGAGUAGUCAUAUAUCUGGAGGGUUUGGUGUUUUGGGAUCGCUGUGAUUUUAUUUCGGUUUUAAUUCAUGUUUUAUACGAUUUUUCAAUAUAUUUUAUUUUGGCUAUUAAAUUUAAAAAUGAUUUAUCGCGCAUUUACUUUAUUUAAUGUUUUAAUAUUUAUCCGAUUUUUAAUAAUUGGUUUAAUUCGAUAUUUUACCGGUACAUAACAUGCUCUUCUCGAGAAGGGAGGAGACGGUGGUUAUGAAAAUAGUGAAUAUAUUAGACACGGGUCUGAGCUAGAUCAGAAAGAGAACCCAAGAAAUGGGCAGAUUAAAUUUACAAGUUCUAUGACAUAAUACACUUGUAAGAAAGACAUUAUAAGUCAAUUAAAACUCAGUGACAGAACCAGUUAACAUCUAAUGAAGCAAGCCUCAAGUCCCGAAUUAACAUCGAGUCAAGUAAAACUCAAUGGAAUGGAACAUCAUAAUUUUUUUUUUAAAACAUCAAACAAAAAAUGCCUCAAGUCUCGAACUAAUUAACAUUGAGUCAAACAAUGAUCCACAGCUCAAACCAGUGAGAUAACAUCAAACUCAAAACUCAAACAUUCAAUGGAAUAAAACAAGAUUCCCAAGGGCGGUCGACCUCAAACACUCAAAAUAAUAUUAUUGAUCAUUGCCAACUAUUCAUCAAAUAUCAAUCAAACUCAAAACUCAUUCGGUCAAUUAAAAACAUCAAGUUAAUCAAACCAAGCCUCAAGUUUCGAACAUCAACCCAGUUAAAAAACAUCAAGUUAAACAAACCAAGCCUCAAGUCUCGAACAUCAAGUUAAACAUGAAUAACUCACGUACCACGUGCUUCCAAGCUCGAAGGUCGGAGAAAGGGUCUGCAUGUAGAGCUCCCGUUCUGGCUGGGAUAGCAGUGCGUUGAGAACAUGCACUGCUCUUCAGAUAGUGUUGGUUCGACUGGAGGUGGGUCGAGAUCAAGUUCCACAGCUUCCUCACCUCGAGGGGUUUUGAGCCUGAGAACUGGAGGAGGUGGGUUCAGACCGUCGAGGUUGUGUGAUGUUUGAGGAAGAGGCGCUGAAGCAGCUUGAGGGACAAGCUUGACUCUUUAUAUUGCUCCCUGUGUUUAAAAUGGCGCAUGGCGCUCCAUGGCGAUGAGGUGUGUGCUUUGCGCCUUGCGCCAAGGCGCACCGAGGCGCUCGCCUUGAAGACCACUUGAAAGUUAACGUUAACUAUGUCUUAUUGUCUUGUUAUGUAACAAGCACGAGUGUUGGUGUUAUGUAAAGAAGUUAUAAUAAGAAGAAGAACCUAUGAGACUAGAAAAGAGUAGAUAGUACUCUAACCUUAAGCAAAACACAGUUAGAUCUAUGUUUUGUGAGUAUUUUUGAUGUUUGGUUUUCACUUUCAUAAAGAGGAAGUUAGAGUUUUGAGGAGUAUUUUUGACGUUUGGUUUUAAGAUUGGUUAAUUAGUUAGAGUAGGGUUUCGUUUCUACUUGGUUUAGUACCGGUUAACAUACAGUCUCCAAGGCGCGCCUUUGCAUCGCCUUUGAUGCCACUGCCUUAUGGCCAAAGCGCACCUAGGCGAGCGGCUUGGGGAAACUAGGCUAGCCUCAGGGUUCCAUGGCGGUGGAGCCAUCGCCACAGUGCGCCUUGCGCCUUGGCGCAAAGGGCUAUGGCUUUUUUAAACACAGAUUGCUCCAAAUAAUAUGAGCUACUGAGGUCAAAAGCUUGGAAAUCAACCGAGGAAGACGUGGAGAAAAGCGAUUUUACCUUGUGGAGCAGAAGAAACUCUCAGCCAAAAACUUGAGAUUAGCGAUCACUGUAAAUCUCGAAAUAUCUUGAAAGUUUCCUUAAAAUCUCAGCCGCCAGAGCAGCUGUUCCAAUUGAAAUCAGCUGGUCCAUACAAGAACGGCUGGUCUGGCAAGAAUUCUCGGAAUUUCACUUUUUUCUGCAUAGGUCCUUACAUCUCAACCUACUUCGGACCUGAAAUGACUCGAAAAUGACAAGAAAGAUUCGAUAAAGAUCUAAAAACACUUUAUAAGACAUAUACAAUGUGUCAAAAACACAUAUAUCAAAGAUCCGAACCGUUGCAUCAAGACCAAGAUAAAGCACUCCUCCUACGCACAACUUCUUCAACAUAACUAGGCACUAGAGAAGUCUGAAAAAAAAAACUAGGCACUAGAGAAAAAACUCCAACCAGAAUGUCAGAAGCGCCAACACAAAACCAGAUUGGGAUGAUAAUUAAUCUCUUGCUUAACCCUCACCCCAAGGUAAAUAGAAACCUCAGCAAAGCCACAAGUGCAAUCCAUCCAAGUUACCGCAACAGCUCAAACUGAGUAACAAGCAAAACCAGAAUGAAACCAACAAGAGAAGGACAAAGCAAAAACCAGAGCUUUGCAAGUCCAAAUGCUAAAACAAACCCAAUACUCUACCAAAUGCCACAAGAGACCACAAAUGAGACCGGGGAGAGGUACCAAGAGAUAAUGCCUUCACGAGGAUCAACCCAAAUCUCGAAAUCUGUUGUAACCAACUGUAGAAUCAAGAAUCUGUCUACUCUACUAGAGACGUCAAGCCUAUAUCUCCAUCAGUAAUUACACCAACCCGCUGGGAAGGAAGAAAGCCACCAAGGAAAGAAACCCAUCAGAAAUAGACGAUAAAACACCCAUCAUUGAGAUGGUAAGCCUAGACCGAGUUAACAUCCAUCAAAAAGAAUCCCACGCUGGCACGGAUCUAACUACGAAAGAAGUAAAAGCAAAAGAAAGAGGAUUGGGACCUCUCCGGAGAGGCCCAGAUCUGAAACUUGAAAACUUGGCGGCAGAAAGAGAGAGACUGCGGACUAGGGCGAGCCAAGUUUAAUUAUGUGACAUCAUGAUGAUUAUUAGCUUUUGUUUCCUCUAGUCCAGCUAUCGUUUAAUCUUCCAUGAUCGUUAGACUAAAUGGUACGAAAGUUUUCAAUAUACUUUGAAUGUAUCGAUUCAUACUAUUGAGACCACCAUACUUGCGGAAUACCAUAUGCUAUGUGUUUUCUUAACGAAAAGUACUCCAUAUGCAAUGUUGGCAGCGUGAGAACUACUAACGUGUAGAUAUAAAAGUAGUUGACGAAUGAUACAAGUUUGUGGAAGUGAAUUAAUCGAUGGGAUGAAAAAGUCAUGGACUAUGGAACACAACAUUUUGCUUGCCAGCUAGGUUCGUCAUAAUAGUUUAAUUUCGAAUUUUCUUGCAAAGUAACUUAGGAUGUAUAUAUAUAUAUGUAUGCAAGUUAGGACAAAAACUAACAACAAGAAAAAAAGAAAGAAAGAAAGUGGUGGGGAGAGAUGAAAGGGCUACAGAACAUUUACCACCAUUCUUACACCUUCUCGUUCUUGCUAGUCUUCCUUGUCUUGAUUCUAUUUCAUCCUGCCCUUUCGAUCUAUGUCAACACUUUGUCGUCUUCAGAGUCUCUCACAAUCUCGAGCAAUAGAACACUUGUAUCUCACGGUGGAGUCUUCGAGCUUGGUUUCUUCAAACCCUUGGGACGGUCGCGUUGGUAUCUCGGAAUAUGGUAUAAGAAAGUCUCCCAGAAAACCUACGCAUGGGUCGCCAACAGAGACAGCCCUCUCUCCAAUUCCAUUGGAACCCUCAAAAUCUCUGGCAACAAUCUUGUCCUGCUAGGUCAGUCUAAUAACACUGUUUGGUCGACAAAUCUUACUAGAGAAAAUGUGAGAUCACCAGUGAUAGCAGAGCUUCUUCCCAACGGUAAUUUUGUAAUGAGAUACUCCAGCAACAAAGACUCAAGUGGAUUCUUGUGGCAGAGUUUCGAUUUUCCGACAGAUACUUUACUUCCGGAUAUGAAACUAGGUUACGAUCUCAAAACAGGGCGUAACAGAAUUCUUACAUCAUGGAGAAGUUCAGAUGAUCCGUCAAGCGGGAAUACCACGUACAAAAUCGACACUCAAAGGGGAUUGCCAGAGUUUAUUCUUAAUCAAGGACGUUAUGAAAUGCAAAGGAGCGGUCCGUGGAAUGGAAUGGAGUUUAGUGGCAUACCGGAGGUGCAAGGAUUAAAUUACAUGGUUUACAAUUAUACGGAGAACAGUGAGGAGAUCUCUUACACGUUCCAUAUGACCAACCAAAGCAUCUACUCCAGAUUGACAGUCAGUGACUAUACACUUAAUCGAUUGACGUGGAUCCCGCCAUCACGGGCAUGGAGCAUGUUCUGGACUUUACCGACGGACGUGUGCGAUCCACUUUACUUAUGUGGAUCUUAUUCUUACUGUGACCUAAUUACGUCACCUAACUGUAACUGUAUUAGAGGGUUCGUUCCCAAGAACCCGCAGCAGUGGGACUUGAGAGACGGAACACAGGGGUGUGUGAGGACGACGCAGAUGAGCUGUAGUGGAGAUGGCUUUUUGCGGCUAAACAAUAUGAAUUUGCCGGAUACCAAGACGGCGACUGUGGAUCGGAUAAUUGAUGUGAAAAAAUGCGAAGAGAGGUGUCUAAGUGAUUGUAACUGUACGUCGUUUGCUAUUGCGGAUGUUCGAAACGGCGGAUUGGGUUGUGUGUUUUGGACCGGAGAGCUCGUUGAGAUCAGGAAAUUUGCCGUCGGUGGUCAAGAUCUUUACGUCAGGUUGAAUGCUGCUGAUCUAGAUUUUUCCUCGGAUGAGAAGAGACACCGAACUGGAAAAAUCAUAGGUUGGAGUAUUGGAGUCAGCGUUAUGCUUAUUCUGAGUGUUCUCGUGUUAUGCUUUUGGAAGAGGAGACAGAAGCAAGCAAAAGCAUAUGUUGUUGGAAUGAAAAACUUUGUAGAGAUGGAAAAAGUGUGAAAAAGUGUUUAAGUACUUGAAAAAAAAGAAAUUUUGCGAAGAAAACAACUUUUUAUUAUUUAAGAGGAUUUGUUAUUACUAGAAUGAUACAAAAUGAAAAGAGAAUGAAUGUAUUUAGAACCUCCAAAGUACAAAAUAUUUUAAAUAUUUUAA